CCGGAAGUGACCCUGGGCGGGCCGGUCGUCAUGGUAGCGGCCGGACGCAGGGCUCGGCGGCGGGAAGAUGGCGGUGACUGGCUGGCUGGAGAGCCUGCGGGCGGCCGAGAAGACGGCGCUGCUGCAGGACGGGAGAAGGAAGGUGCACUAUUUGUUCCCAGACGGGAAGGAAAUGGCCGAAGAAUAUGACGAGAAGACAAGUGAACUGCUUGUAAGGAAGUGGCGUGUGAAAAGCGCCCUGGGAGCCUUGGGCCAGUGGCGGAUUGAGGUGGGAGAGCCAGCACCCCACGGAGCAGGCGACCUGGGGCCUGAACUCAUCAAGGAAAGCAAUGCCAAUCCCAUCUUCAUGCGCAAGGACACCAAGAUGUGUUUCCAGUGGCGGAUACGAAACCUGCCCUACCCCAAGGAAGUCUACAGUGUCUGUGUGGACCAGAAGGAGCGCUGUGUUGUUGUCAGAACAACCAACAAAAAGUACUACAAGAAGUUCUCCAUUACUGAUCUGGACAGAUACCAGCUACCUCUGGAUGAUUCUUUGCUGAGCUUUGCUUAUGCCAACUGCACCCUGAUCAUCUCCUACCAGAAGCCAAAGGAAGUCCUGGCGGCCGAGUCAGAGCUGCAGAAGGAGCUGAAGAAGGUAAAGAUGGCCCACAGUGAUGGGGACUGUAAGACCCAGUAGUGGACCCGAACCUGCCCCUCCAGCACGGAGGGUGAGUGAGCUCCUCUGUCACCUGCAAGACUCAUAGCCUGGCCUUUCCGGCACAGGGCAGCCUCUUCUCCUCCGGAGCGCUACCGGCUCUGUAAGAACUAGCCCUGCAUCACGGUCUUCUCUCCUGAGUAAAGUUCUGAGUCACUGUGGGAAGGUUGCCCUCGUCCACUCUGUCUGCUCCUAAUCCCAGAGAAGCUGCUGGUGGCGACACUUCUUUCUCUACCCAGGGACCUUCCACGGCCAAAUGGGUGGGUGGUCAAUGAGAGGGUUUCCUGGAAAAAAAAAAAAAAGGGAACCUCUGUUCUUUGCAACAGUGAGCCCUGAGGCUGGUCUUACCUUCCCAGCAUGGACAUCUCCACAUUGAAUCUGUUGUCCCCUCUCCCUUGGGCCUCCCCAGCAAGUCAGGAACCAGAUCUUUGAACAAUUAAGCUUUAUUUUUACAAAAAUGAAUACUGUAGCACGGCUCAACAGAUGGCCUGAAGCUGGGCAGGCUGAGGGAUCACUCUAAACUGCUGGGUUCCCUUUAUCCUUUCCCAGUUUCAAAGGGAGACCUGGCCCCAGUGCCCCAGGAAUGAGUCCCCAGCCC